AAUAUGCGCAAGUUCAACAUAUCCGUCGCUGAGUUCUGGCUCGUUGUCCUUGUCCUUGCCCUGUCGCUGGUGACUAUCCUCGCUGGCGUGAGAGGAACCAAUACUGGCAUUCCUAUCGCAACCUUCAACACUUCCUCUCUAGGCCUCGACGCCUACCAUGACCCCAGUUCUUCCCUUCACGAUGCCGUCGUUUCCCUGAUUCCGUCCGAUGUAGUCAACCCACCAUCCAUCACACAGUACCUCAACGUCAAAGACUGGUACAUCAUGCACUACUUCUCCGUCUGCUCGGGGUACUACAUUCCUUCGUCAAGCAACCCCUCUGUGCUCACCUCCAGCACAACAAACAUAACAUGUGUGAGACGAUAUUCGGGGUAUAGCUUUUCGCUCCAUGAUACCAUUACCUCGACGCUAUCUUCUGAGGUCAUAGGUCUUGCCGAAAAAAUGACGGCCCAGAGAUGGAGCACGAGGACGGCAAUUAGUGCGUGGUAUACGGGGGUUUCGAAUGUGUUUCUGAGUUUUGUUGCGUUGUCUUUUGCUCUUUGGUGUGGUAGAGCGUGGUGGAGUGAGACUAUUAUUAUGUCUCUCAUCGCCUGGCUCUGCUUCUUCAUCGGCUCCGGCAUCAUGACGCACCAAAUCCUCUCCAUCCAACGCCUCUCUGGCAGCGGUGUAGGGCCGAAUCCCUACCCCGGGUCGUUCUUAGCAUUGACGUGGGCCUGUUCUGUUUUUCAGUUUUUGGCGUUCUGUAUUAGGUGGUUGGGGAUUAGGACUGUUGGGAGGGAGUGGGUGCUUGUAGGGAGAGGAUCGGGGAGGUGGAGGUGGAAAGAGGAAUUGAAUUGGAAGGGGGGAAGCAGUGGGAGACUUGUAGUAAGGAUUCUUAGGAAUAUGGGGUUGGGAUAGGGAAGAUAGGAGGGUUAAGGGAUAGGUUAGGAAUUGGGGUGGGAGUUAGGGAACGGGGUUAAGAGCUUUUGGACUUUGGUUAGGGAGUAGUUUCCCAAAUGUUAUGUUUCAUUCAAUCCUUUUUAUUCCUUGUUGAUCUCCUAGAUCAUAAUAUAACUCUCACCGACUCAGUAUCGUGGAAUCAGCGGGCAUUAGAGGAUCGUUCCGUUAUGGACUUCAAAGUUUUACGAUUUCUUUGGUGGCCAAAGUUCGCAGUUUCCACUAAUAAAUCACGAUUCAAAGAUAACUUAUUAUUUGC